GGGUCUUGGAGCUUGCGUGCUCUCGAUCUCGCUUCUUCGCUUUGGACUUUCACUUGACACAUCUUUUGCGCAUUCGAGAUUGGCCCAUCACGCACGCACGCACGCACGCACGCACACGCACGCACGCGUGUCGCGCUCUCAGCCAUGUCAAAGACCAACGCUCGUUCAGCAUGGCCGCCUUCUAGCAGCAGCAGCAGCAAUGUUUCUAGUCGAUCCUACUCCGAAACGCGAGGGCGAGAGGGGAGAGGCGGAGGCUCGUGGGAAGAUGAUGCGUGGGGAAUAGACUCGGACGACGAAGAUUUCGUGUCGAGAGAGGCGAGAGGCAGAGGGACGAGAACGGCGGAGACGAAACCUCGAAUCGAUAGUGGGCAGCAGCAACGCGAUAAAGGCGAGGAAGAUACGUCGAGCCCAACGCGGCCGACGACGACGGGCAAACACGCACCUCCCGCAAGACCCCACCCUUUCCCCAUCCCUACCGGAAGCAAGGGACCAGGCGGCGGAUCGUUCCAGUCGGCGGCAGGCAUGAAUAGCUUCAGGAGUGCAAAUGGACGAGCUUCGAACGCAUCUACAUCCACACCAGUCGGUGCUCAACCAAGCAGCGUGGGAAGCUGGACCGUGGUGGACCCUUCCCGAGUGGGAUCGCAUGAGCGAAGCUCACCUGUGGAUGAGGCAGAAGUCCGGAGCAGCAGCAGAACUGGUUCGACCAAUGGUCUCGACUCGCGAUCUUCUUCUCAUUCGCCAAUUGAUCGGACGGGCGACCGGAGUCUCGCGGGAUCGCCCCCAACAGAUGUCGGCUCGAGUGCAGCCGCUGCCAUUCAUAGAGCGGCUACGGCCAACGGCACUGGCUCGAGAGGUCAGGAUUUGUCGCCGGAGAGGGCGAAGCACAGGAGGGACAGCGAGGCAAGCAGUAGCGGAGCAGGUGGUAUGCACGCGCACGGCAGAGGAAAGAGAGCCAAUGCAAAGGAGAGGGAAGAGAUGCAGAAAUGUCUUCGAGGAGACGUGGAGAAUGUCAUGACGGACCCGACAGCGCUGCUGGCUGGACUCUCUCUGGACUGGGCCAAGCAUCCGCCCUUGUCCUUUGCGACGCAGCCCAGCACACCGAGCACUGCGCGACCACCCACCUUUGCGGCCGCAAGCAGCGGAAUACUUCCAGAGACGGCUCUGGCAGGUCCGAGUUUCACGUCUGCCGCACCUUUGGCAUCACCAGCUGCUGGAGCCUCUCGCAGAAGACAGCAGGUGGACGUGGUCAGUAUGGGCGGUGAUGGUCUCUUUGCUUCUGGUGGCUUUGGAGCUUCCCAGACGGAUCUCCCGAGCGCGGAAGAAGACGCUCAAGCGUCCGCAGCUGUUGCUCUGUCCGAGGAGAAGCAGAGCCUUGCUAGAGCAAAUAGCCAUCGGACGGUGCGACGGAGAGAGCGCUUCGUGCGUUGCUUGGCGAGCGAGACCGUGCCCAUGGAUGAGCUGCGCGCGCUUGCAUGGCAAGGCGUGCCGGAGGAGCUGAGACCCAUGGUAUGGCAGCUCUUGUUGGGCUACUUGCCGCCAGCGAAAGCGCACCGCGCAUCCGUGUUGGCUCGAAAGAGGUCAGAGUAUGCUCAAGGUACAAAGCUCGCUUUUCAAAGAGGCAACGAGGGACUGGACGCGGCAAUCUGGCACCAGAUACGCAUCGAUGUGCCCCGCACGAACCCGGGCAUCAGCCUCUGGCAGCGAGAGGCGACGCAGAGGGCACUCGAGAGAAUCCUCUACGUUUGGGCCAUUCGACAUCCAGCAAGUGGCUACGUGCAAGGCAUCAAUGAUUUGGCGACUCCCUUCUUUGAGGUCUUCUUGAGCGCUUACAUCUCCGGUGACCCGGAGAGCUACGACGUUUCCAUGCUGCCCGAAGCUGCAUUGGAAGCGUUGGAGGCGGACACGUUUUGGUGUCUAUCCAAGCUUCUCGAUGGCAUUCAGGAUAAUUACAUCUUUGCUCAACCUGGCAUACAGAGACAAGUCCGUCGGAUGGCAGCUCUCGUGGCGAGAAUCGAUCCGCCACUGCAUGCGCACCUCGAGGAGCAGGGUGUAGAGUACAUGCAGUUUGCAUUUAGGUGGAUGAAUUGCUUGCUGAUGCGAGAGAUGAGCGUUCGGAACAUCGUCCGAAUGUGGGACACGUAUCUGGCGGAAGGGCCGGACGCAUUCUCCGAAUUCCACCUCUACGUGUGCAGCGUCUUUUUGAGCAAGUGGAGCUCGGAGCUGCUCAAGAUGGAUUUCCAAGGCAUCAUCAUGUUCCUCCAAAGCUUGCCUACGGGUGAUUGGAGCGACAGGGAUGCCGAGAUGCUCCUGAGCGACGCCUUUGUGAAGAAGAGCCUGUUUGGCGGCACGGGCCACCUUGUAAAGUAGUGCCUACAACCAACUUGGCGUCAAUUCAUCGCCCGCGGUGUUCAUAGCACAAAAGGGGGUUGCCGAGCGACGCUCUUGGCGAGGAGCACCUCUCCCCGCCCCGGUCCUUUUACGCGCGACUGUCCUUGUAUAGCGAUGCUCGAGGUGGGAGCACAAACGCAGGAACCGCAGACCGUAGCUGAUGCGAAUGCGAAUGCAACACAUUCCGUGCG